AUGACGGACUUUGACCGCCUCGCGGACGGUCCGCUGCCACGCGUCAUCGUCUUCGACCUUGAUGGCACUCUCUGGAAUCCGGAGAUGUAUCAGCUGUGGGGCGGCGCCCCUUUCAAGCCCCACCGCACGGACCCCAGCAUCAUGAUCGAUCGCCAGGGCACGGAGGUGCGGCUAAUCGGGGAGUCUCGCCCGGUGCUGCAGACCCUUACAGUGGACCCGCGGUGGUCGAGGACGUACCUCGCGCUGUCCUCGACCUGCGAUGUUCCGCAGUGGGCGGCGGAGCUGUUGGAGAAAUUCACCUUCACCAACCGCGAGGGCAAGGAGGUACCCAUGGGCUCCUUGUUUGACGACCGCAUCGAGGUGUACAAGGCGAACAAGGCGAAGCAGCACCAAACGAUUCUCAAGAAGGUGCAGGACAUCGAUCCUACGGUGACAGAGUUUGCGCAGAUGCUGUUCUUUGACAAUCAAACAGAUAACGUCCACUACGUGUCGCGUCUGGGGGUGCCGUCGUUCUACUGCCCUGAUGGGAUGACGCCAGGAACCUUUGAGCGUGGUCUGGCGAUGUGGCGCAAAGCCCAGAAGUCGAAAAUUUGA